CAGUUUGUUUUAUAGUCUUGUACGGAACACAUAACUUUUUACUUGGAAAAAAACCCAAAAAUUUAUAGAUUGUUUUGAUAUUUUUAUUUUGAACAAAAUUUUCUAUUGAAAAAAUUAGUUAAGCGCAAAUAAAAGUGAACCAUGAGUUUUCUGUGGUUCAAAGAUUAUAAGACCAAGAAAACUCUGGAAGAUGGACUCAAGUCUGACAUUUAUGUCAAUUACGAUGGCAUUGGCGAUUUACAGGCUGCUUGUAGUUCCGAUUAUAAUGAUGAGUCGUCCUACAUUAACUUCCUGGGGCAGUACUGGACUCGCUACGAAGAUUACUACACAGAUUCGCAAAUUGAACAGGCGGCUGCGAGCCGAUGGAACGAUAUGUCCGUCAGCGAUCGACGCCAGUACUCUUUGCAGAGCCCACCCAUAGCUACACGAGGUGAUACCGAUUGCUCUAGCACUAGCAUUAUCAAGCUGCCCAGCUCUGUGGACAGCGAUGUCCAAAUGAAAUCUGAGCCAGAUACCUCAAAGGACACAGGCGCUUUCUUUGGCCACAGUAGCGACGAAUGUCAAAGGAGGAAGCCCAAGUGCGUUAAGCCCAGGAAGAGAUGCGCCAAACCGAGGGCGAAGUCAAAGGUUAAGAGGAGAUGCGCCAAGCCCAAGCCCAAGUGCGCCAGAGCCAAGCCAAAAUGCCACAGGCCGAGGAAGAAGGCGUGCUCUAAACCGAGGCCCAGAGCUUGUAAGGCUAAGCCCGUGUGCCACAAACCAAGGUACUGAAAGUAACCGUAGAGAAGCGGGACUCCUUUUGCCGCCAACCUUUAGGCCAUAUUUAGAUCCAGACAGAACAGACAGCACUGCUUGAAUCGUUGGAGAACUCCCGGGAUAAAGCGGUCCUCAAGCCAGGAAGGUCCAACUUGUAUUCUUAAAAGCCUCACAAGCAUAAAUAAAAGUGUCUGUUAAAAGUU